AUGAAAUGCAACAUUGAUGCUUCCUUUUCAUCUCUAAACAAUAGAGUUGGUAUUGGUGUUUGUAUCCGAGAUGAGUUUGGCGCUUAUGUGUUGGCUAAAUAUGAACAAUUUACACCUUUAUGUGAUGUUCGUUUUGGUGAAGCUCUCGGUUUACUUCCAGCUCUCAAUUGGGUUCACGAGUUAAACUUAGGACCAGUUGAUUUUGAGCUCGACUCAAAGAUAGUGGUGGAUAGUUUUCAUUCAAAUAAGUGUGAUGCUACUGAGCUCGGAGAUAUUAUUUCACAUUGUAAACAACUAAUCUCUAAUUAUUACAACAACUCUAGUGUUGAGUUUAUUAGGCGACAAGCCAAUGAGGUUGCUCAUAGUUUAGCUAAGGCGGCCACAUAUACAGUUAGUCCCCGUAUUUUGGUUGAUAUACCACAUUGUAUUGAACACCUAUUGAUCAAUGAAAUGUUAUAA